AGUUCGAAAUAUUCCUUUAACCAAUUACAGUGAUCUUUUUUUCUACUAUUUUAGUUUGGAUGGCAACAGACAUGCUUUCUUCUUUCUUUUUAUUUUAGCAGACGUAAAUUAUAAGUUGGCCAAGUGUCACGUUGACGCAAAUUUAAUUUAGAAAAAUGGCUGCUCAAACCAAUGGUGAUCAUGUAUCCCCAGAACAAAAACUCAGUUUAGUUACAAGAAAUUUACAAGAAACUUUAGGAGAAGACAAAUUAAAAGAAAUUCUGAAGGAACGUGAUUUGAAAGUCUAUUGGGGAACAGCAACUACUGGCAAGCCACAUGUUGCAUAUUUUGUGCCUAUGUCUAAAAUUGCUGAUUUUUUAAAAGCUGAUUGUGAGGUUACCAUAUUGUUUGCUGAUUUGCAUGCUUAUCUAGAUAACAUGAAAGCUCCCUGGGAGUUGCUUGAUCUCAGAGAAAAGUAUUAUGAAGCUGUGAUUAAAGCUAUGUUGGAAUCUAUAGGAGUACCCUUAGAUAAACUGAAAUUCAUUAAAGGCUCUGAUUAUCAACUCAGCAGAGAAUAUACUUUAGAUGUGUACAGAUUAUCAUCUUUAGUAACGGAGCAUGAUGCAAAGAAAGCUGGAGCUGAAGUUGUUAAACAAGUAGAUCAUCCUUUCCUAAGCAGUUUAAUGUAUCCAGGACUGCAAGCCUUAGAUGAAGAAUACCUGAAAGUAGAUGCCCAGUUUGGUGGUGUUGACCAAAGAAAGAUUUUCACUUUUGCUGAAAAGUAUUUACCUCAAUUGGGUUAUGCUAAAAGAAUUCACCUCAUGAAUCCAAUGGUGCCUGGACUUACUGGUGGUAAAAUGAGUUCCUCUUUAGAAGAUUCAAAAAUAGACUUAUUAGAUAAUCCCUCUACUGUUAAGAAGAAGCUCAAAAAGGCAUUUUGUGAACCUGGUAAUUUAGAAGAUAAUGGAGUUCUGGCAUUUGUAAAACAUGUGCUACUACCCCUCUUCAAAGAUGAAGAUUUUGUCAUUCAGAGAAAUGAAGAAAAUGGUGGAAACACAAAUUAUAAAAAUUAUGCCGAUAUAGAAGAAGACUUUAAAAAUAUGAAACUUCAUCCUGGAGACUUAAAGGCUUCAGUAGAAACUUAUUUAAAUAGAUUACUUGAUCCAAUUCGAAAGAAGUUUGAAGAUCCAGCACUUCAAAAGCUAUCUGCAACCGCCUACCCACCAAUUAGUAAAAAAGGAAAAAUUGUCACCGCUGAUACCCCUAUUUCCCCUGCAAGACUAGACAUGCGAGUAGGAAAAAUAGUUGAAAUUCAAAAGCAUCCUGAUGCUGAUAGUUUAUAUGUAUCGAAAGUAGAUUUAGGUGAAUCUUCAGGUCCUAGAACUGUUGUGAGUGGGUUAGCAAAGCUAAUACCUCUAGAAGAUUUAAAAGAUAAAUCUGUUGUAGCCUUAUGCAAUUUAAAACCAGCAAAAAUGAGAGGAAUUGAAUCACAGGCCAUGAUUCUUUGUGCUUCUCGAGAAGAACCAAGAGAAGUUGAAACACUAAUUCCACCUGAGGGGAGCAAGCCAGGAGAUCGAGUGUUUGUAGAUGGCUAUGAAAACUCUCAACCAGAUGAGCAGUUAAAUCCAAAGAAGAAAGUUUGGGAAACCUUACAACCUGAUUUUCGCACUUCAAGUGACUGCACAGCUGAAUGGCAAGGGAAUCCUAUGAUCACAUCCUGUGGGACAAUCAAAUGUAGCUUAAUGAAAGGAGCACCCAUCAAAUAAUAAUAAAAGCUCCAUCCAUUUGACUCUCUAAUGUGAUAAAUUAUGUAUUUUCAACUUUAAAGAAUACUUUCUUUUCCAGUAUUGUGAAGUUAAUUCACCAAUAGUUACUCUAUUAAAGCUCCUUAAUUUAUCCUCU